UGCUUGGAAUCUUAGUUCUUUUGUGACAAAAGUGGUUGCUGAUUGUACGUGACUGGAGACUGUUACAGAUUAACCAGACUCACUCAAGGCCACAGCUACAGAAAGAAGGAGUCAUGUUCUGCUUUCAUUGUCCCCCGGGCCUUCACCCAGCGGCCCGACCCCUCGGGCUGGACCUGCCCUUCCAGACGCACCCCUCAUUCGCGGGUUACGGGCUGCACGGGGAACUGCACGAGGACGCCUUCGCCAGGCGGAAACAACGCCGCAACCGGACAACCUUCACCCUCCAACAGUUGGAAGAACUCGAGAAGGCGUUCGCACAGACGCAUUACCCGGAUGUCUUCACUCGGGAGGACCUCGCUAUGAGGAUAAAUCUUACUGAGGCCCGGGUACAGGUUUGGUUCCAGAAUAGGCGAGCAAAGUGGCGUAAAAGUGAACGAUUCACUCAGCGUCAACCGAACUCCAAUGACGGGGACCCAGAUCACCCCGAUGACGGCAGAUCUGAGAACGAGGCCGAUGAUCCUGACGUGUGCGGUGACGUAUCUUGCGGUGAAGAAGAUGAAAUCGAGGCAAAAUUACAAAAUGUUAACCAGUUUGCUACAGAAAACGAUGUGAAGGACACAAAUACAGAUAAACGCGAAGGUGAAGGCAUCAUUGAUGAUAAUCAAAUUCCAACUAAAUUACAAACCGAACCAAAUAAAAGUGAAACCAUAACAUCCGCCAGUGAGAGUGGUGAUAAAAGUAGUCAAAACAUUGGUGAAAAUCAAAAUCAAAAUGAUAUUGACAAAAACAGACAUCUAAUUCAAAACAUUGUUGCCACUGACAAUAACAAUGGACGAGAUACUCCGGGUAUCACUGGUACCAAAAGCGAGGCUCCCAUCGAGAUGACGUCAUCAGUGGGAAUGACGUCAUCUUCCUCUCCGCCUCUGGCGUCCAUGGCUCUCAUAAACAGCGCCCGGGCGAGCAUGAUGAUGGGAAAACCGAUGCUUCAGCACUCGUUCACCCAGACGCUUAUGGCUCUCAGUAACAACGCCGCCAUGCAUCGACCGUCGUUCUUCCCCAUGGUUGAUAGUAGCUACAAGCAGUACCUGGACAGUUAUUUUUCCCCUAGACCAAUGUUCCCAGCCUCCCACUUCCCUACACACCCGGCGUUUAAAGGCUACAUGCCCCUGUGUGGCUGUAACUCCGUGAUGGGAGGCCACGAGACCCGCAACAGCAGCGUGGCAGAACUUAGGCGACGCGCGCGGGAACACAGCGAGGCGCUGUCAACCUCUGCUCCCGGCUCGCCUGUCCACCGCUCAUAAGGGCUUAUUAUAUUGGGGGACGGCUUGUCUUCAUGCCUUGUAGUGCGUGUCAUUUCUUUUUUAAAUAUGGAAUGCUUUUCCACUGUUUAUCAUUCUCGGCUGGUUCAGCGUCAUCGUCCCCAGUGUUACAAGCAGCCCGCUGGGAGCCCCAACACAACUCUACUCAAACGUACGGCUCGAAAAACGGACAAACGCACAUUUGUGAGGGGUUUGGGGGUAGGCAGUGAGCAGCCAGCUGCGGCCCGACCAUGAAUCGGAUUUUCAUUCAUAUAUCUCAAGAU